CUUCAUUAUAGUCCGAGCGAUUGCUUUGGGCAGUAGCGCUACGUAAGAAUAUUUAAACAUUUGAAUUUUUUAGUAUCAGUGUGGGGGCCAGCAGUGCCGCACAUGUGAAGCGCCAGCUCACGCUAAAAAUUGAAAACAAUUAACUACUUGAAUAAAGCAGAGACACAACUCGAAUACAAAAGAAGACACAGCUGCUGCUCAGACAAUCGCACUCACACUCGCACUCAGUUUCGCUUUCGUAUUCGUUUCGUAUUCGUAUCGCAAUCGUGUUGAAACUAGUUUUUGUUGUCGCGUCGAAUCGCGUUUUGUCUGCUGUAUUGCGUUCAGUUAAUUAACAGAGAAAUGUCGCCUGAGUUGAAAACUCCAAAUGUUCGGAUAUUGGCUUUACUGAUGCCUCUCUUCCUAUUGAUGAGUGGAGAACUUGUGGAGUCCAAGCAGUAUAUGCGUUGCGAGCUGACCCGUGUGCUGGUGGAGAACUAUAGAUUCCAAAAGACGCUAAUGUCCAAUUGGAUCUGCCUUGUAGAGCAUGAGAGUUCUUUGGAUACCAAUAAGGUGACUAGAAAUGAGAACAAUAGCAAGAACUAUGGAUUGUUCCAAAUCAACAGCAAGGACUAUUGUGCCGAGGGACGCAGGGGAGGAUUGUGCAAUAUAAAGUGUGAAGAUCUGUCUAACGAUGAUAUUUCGGAUGAUAUUGCCUGUGCAAAGACCAUACAACAACGCGAUGGUUUUAAAUAUUGGAAGGGCUGGAAUCGCUUUUGCCGCAAUACUCAGAAUCUGCCCAACUUAGAUGUCAGCUGCAAACUCAGCAAGCUUUCGCCUCUUCGUAGUCCCAGUCCCAAUUCCUUCUAUUAGCAGGACAAAGAAGCAGUUGGUAAAGACUGGACAGUUUCCUAGCGGAAUUACUUAAACUUUAGCUUUUGAAAAGCAGUUUCGAUAUUACUUAAUUGGCAAUAAUGAGAAUUACUUAUGGCCUCAUUUCCGGAAUUAUUUUUAGGAAUUUCAAUUAAGAAACCACAAGAAAAUUGUUACAUAUAUUCACAUAUAUAAAUUCAUUUGUGGACCAGCAACUGGCUUAAGUGACCAGGAAACGCUUCGUGGUUGCGAUCAAAACAUCUGUCCUAAAUGCAAAGUAGAAAGAAUUAAAGUAAACAGCAUUUAAAAAUGUACAAAUUUUUGAAAAACGUUUAAAUGAAAUCAACACCAAUAUUGCCAAAGCAAACAUCAAUAUUUAAAUAUGAUUAUGCAUCUGAUAAAAAUAUCAAAUUAAAAAGAAAUCAUAUUCACUUUAUUUAUAUAAAUAUUUGAAACGAUUUUAAAAUACUAAUUAAUGCAACAUAUUUACAUAUAUAUAUGCAAAAUACAAUAUACAAUAUCAUUAUGAAAUGUUUAAUAAUAUGAAUUCAUAUUUAAAACCAGAAGGAACGAAUAGCUUUGGCACUCUAAAAAUGACCUACGCUUGUAAAUCAAAGUUAACAUACCGACAUCUAAGCUUUAGUCCGGAUUAUGUAUAUUAUUUUGUUUUUUUUUUUACCUUUUGUACGAUAACAUGUAUGACUAGAGGUAUAUCGAUUGGUCCCCUGAAAGCCAUAGGACAUAUUAAUCCGAUGAUGAUGAAUUUUUGACCAAAUGUGACGAAUAUAAUAACAUUUCGUGCCUA